GCAUUUCCUCACAGCAUAGAGAUCCACCCAGUAAGGGUCUAACAUGCUUGUCUUUUGCGUUUGCCUCCUGGUAUUUUUCGCCAGCGUCGGGGCAAAAACGCCCUUCAUGAGCGAGUAUGAGUUUUCCCGCCAAAGAGACGAGUUGAUGGCCAAAGAGUGGAUGUUUGCUGGGCACGCGAUGGAUCUUACUGAUGAUGAAAAGAUCGUCGAUAACUACCUGGAAUACUUGAAAUGGCAAGAGUUCAUGGCUACAAAAGACAGAUUUCCGCCUUCUGUAGGAUUGGAAAGCGUCCUCGAUCAUAUCGUCAACUCAAAAGUUUUCAAAACCUUGAAAACAUUCCCAAAGGGUGGAAACAUGCAUUUGCACGAAAACCAUGUUCUCAGCAAAAGCAAAAUGCUUGACAUCGUUUAUAGCUCGGACGACUAUGAACAUCUCUACGUUGCUGUAAAUGUCUCUAAUAAUUAUAAAUGGCGCCUGGAUUUCUUUCUUAACCCACCAAAAGGGUGGGAAAAGGUGAAAGGAAAUCCAAAAUACACCAAAGAAAAACUUCUGCCCCACAUGCACCUGUUGGGUUCCAUGACGGAGUAUGCUAAAGAAAACCCAACUAACAGCGGUCAGAGAUGGAAGGAAACAGACCCCAUGUUUAGCAGACUAGGGUCAGAGGUCAUUGCCAAUGCUAACAUAAAGGAGAAGUACCUAAAGGGUAUUUUGGAGGCAGCUGUCGAGGAGAACGUUCAGUACUUGGAGACACGGACCUCACUCUCCGGCCGUUUAUACGUUCUAGACUCCGAUCCAAAAUACACCUCCAAUCACGGAAAAAGGUAUAUCGAUACCUCGGACGGAGAGCUCGAAAUCCAGCAAAGUAUUCAAACGAUCGAUGCAUUCGUCAAAAAGAAUCCCCACUUUAUUGGGCUACGUAAGAUAGCAAACUCGUUCAGGCGUAAGACCAUGCAAGAAAUGUACAUCGAUAUGGAGAAGGCCAUAAGAAUGCAUCUCAAAUACCCCAACUACAUCGCAGGCUUUGACAUGGUCGGAGAGGAAGACAGGGGAAACUCCCUCCUCUAUUAUAUGGAGGACUUCCUAAAACUCUAUGACAAUGCUACGGGGGAAAGCCGCGUUCCGUUUUACCUACACAACGGCGAGACCAACUGGCCGGAUGACUUGCUGACCGCCUCGAACGCAAACGACCCCGUCGGAACGCUACAGAACACUUACGAGGCGGUUCUGCUCGGUGCUAAGCGUGUCGGACAUGGACUAGGCUACUUCAAACACCCCUAUCUCUUAGACCUACUGAAACAACACCAGACUGCAAUCGAAGUUUGUCCAGUUAGUAACCAAUUGCUAGGUUAUACGGCCGAUCUGCGGAACCACCCGGCGAUUAACUUCAUUCGAAUGGGCGUACCGGUCAUACUUGGUGCGGAUGACCCUGCAACUUUUGGCUAUAACUAUUUCACUGCAGAUUGGUACGAAGCGUUUAUGGGAUGGGGACUUCGUCUGCCAGACUUGAAGAAGCUUGCCAUUAAUUCUCUGCACUACAGCGCAAUGACAACGAAAGAGAAAGUAUCUGCCAUAAACGAAAAGUGGAAACCGGCCUAUUCUAAAUUCAUUGCUGACAUAAAGAGAGAGGCCUGCUCAAUAGAUUUCAGCAACACGACAAACGAGCCUUUCAUCGCCAGAAUUUUCCCUCGAGAAGGUCCGAUGAAAGCCUCUUCCAAAAUACACGUGUUUGGCCGAAACUUCGAGCAAGCUAUUUGCCAGGGUGUUGUCUGCAAGUUUGACAAUACAAUGACUUCUGGGUCUUACGUUUCUGGCCAGCAACUUUCUUGCAAAGUACCGGACUUCAAGUCUAUAGGUAAAACAGAUGUUGGCAACUCGGUUCCUGUGAGGCUUAGAGUGUCUGUUGACGGUGGCGCCACCUUUCUGCCUUACAAUAGCCAGUUCACAUACGUUUCGGAUGGCACAUCAGAGCCAUUUAUUGGUUGAAAGUAUGUUAUUCAGGAAAUUUGAAUCAGAAAGGAAAAGAACCUACAAAGUGACUGGAAAGUUAUAAUUCAAUUUUUGCACCUUUUGCUUAAGUAUCGAACGAAUAAAAUACUACGUAAAUCAACACCGCUUGAGUUGUUAUGGUGAAACCACCAUCCUCAUCAAUGUGGGUUUGAUUAACACCAUUAUGUGAAUUUAAGGCACGGGGGGCUUAUACAGUAGCACAAAUUUUAAAGUGGUUAUUUUGUUACACUGGCAACAAUAAUAUUUGCCUAGUUUUUUUUUUAUGCAAAAGGUUGGAUAAACUGUUUUAAAAUAAAGGAUGAAUUAUGUUUU